AUGGCAGGAAAGAAAAAGACCAGCAAGGGAAGCCAAAGGCCUCCUGAAGUGGAGAAGCUGUUAAAGCCAGCCAUCGCCGUUGCCUUGGCCAUGAUUGUGUAUCAGUUCUUCAAGGGAAUCAACUCGGAGGUGAUCCGAGUCAAUGUCAUGGACGAAUUGGAAUUGAGAGAAGUCCUCUUUGGGGAAGCUGAAGGCAAGAACUACGCGGUUCUAUGCCACGCCGAGAAUGCUACAUUUCCCAUUAGUUCGGUAUUUGCUGAUGCUAGUUCCGAUGGCGGUGCACCCGCCGAAUUCCGUCUCUUGGACUGCAACCAUGUAUUAGUGUCAAGUGAAAAGACAAUAUAUGAACGGUUCAACCUCAACAAGAAGCAACGGCCAACUAUUUUUGUGUCUGGAAAGAUUGGACCACCAAAGCAAGUCCCCGCCAAACAUUUAAAGACAGGAUCCAUGUUGGUCAAGGCACUCAAGAACUUGUUGGUUCCAAAGGCAGAAAAGAUUGAAACGACCCAAGAUUUGAGAUCCAAAUGUCUGGACAAGGAUGUCUGUGCCUUGUUACUAAAAGGAGGAAAGGUAUCCCCCAACUAUGUCAAGGAUGCCAUGUCCAAACUUUUGGUAGAAUUCCCCAAGGUUGCCUUUGCGGCGAUUGACACUAGCGUUUUGUACGUCAAGGGCAUUGAAGCCGAAUACUUGCCCGAAUUUUCAUCCGGACAACCUCGUUUUGUGGUAUUCCAAAAGGUGACGGGUGGGACUGGCAAGAAGGAUGGCCGACUCAAGACGUCCCUUGCCACAUUGCCAGGACAUGGAGUCGGAUACGGUCCCAUGAGCAACUUGAUUGGUGAGGUUGUCUCGAAAAAGGCGGACAUGAAAAAGGUCUCCACCCUUCCCACGAUCAAGACGCGAACGAAAAAGUUGGAACAGGAAGAAAAGGCCAAACGGGAACGACGCAGCGAUCAACAAAAGCGACAAGAUGGUGGAACCACACCGGGUGGCGCCUUUCAAACCAACGAUGGUACCAAGGAAGGUCGCAAGGCCGAACGGGACCGACGUCGGGCGGAACAUCGCAAGAACAAUCCGAAUUACAAGGAAAAGACGCCCGAGGAGAUUGCCGAAAUGGAACGAAAACGUCGACAACGUAUGGAAGAAGAGGCGGCCAAAUGGAACAUGGCUCCCGAGGACAUGCCAGAAGGAGACUACAUGUUUGAAGACGAGGAUGAAGGAGAGUAUUACGAGACGGUCGACGAAGAUGAAGAAGAAGGCGAGGAAGAUGAAGAUGUCUUGGAUUUGGAUUAA